AACAAAUCAGUUUCAUUUUAAACGUCUUUGAAACAUGUUGAAGUAUUGCGGCUUAAUUUUACUUGUGGUGGCCACAACAUUGGCAGCUUCCUUGCCUGCUGAGUAUGCGGAGCCUGAACUCUUUAAUAACGAUCAUCGCAUUGUAGGUGGACAUGAAGUGAAUAUUGCCAAACAUCCUCAUCAAAUUUCGAUGAGACGUAAAAGUUCUAAAACUAGAGCCUUUUCACACAUUUGUGGCGGUAGUAUUUACAAGGCCAAUAUUAUUGUCACUGCUGCCCAUUGCAUCUUCAAUAAAAAGGCUGAUAGUUUCCUUAUUGUGGCUGGUACUAACACCCGUAAUGGUGGAGAUGGUGCUGUGUCUCUAGUUAGUAAAAUUAUUAUGCAUGAGAAAUACAAUUCUUCAAGAUUCGACAAUGACGUGGCUUUAAUGAUCCUGUCAACUCCUUUGCCCUUAAAUGGUGUUACCAUAGCCCCUAUUCCGUUGGCUACCGAAGCUCCUAAACAUGGUGCUAAGGCUUUUAUCACUGGUUGGGGUGCCAUUAAAGCUGGAGGUAAAUCAUCCGAUAAGUUAUUAGAAGUUCAGGUGCCUGUUAUCAGCAAUGAACGUUGUGAUGCUUUAUAUGCUGCCUAUUAUGGUCCCGGACGUAUUUCCGAUAGUAUGGUAUGUGCUGGUCUUGAUGGCGUCGGUGGCAAAGAUGCCUGCCAGGGAGAUUCUGGCGGUCCUUUUGUGGUCAACCAUCAGUUGGCUGGUGUUGUUUCCUGGGGUCGUGGUUGUGCUUUACCCGAUUAUCCUGGUGUCUAUUCGAAUGUUGCUUAUUUAAGAAAUUGGAUCGAAACCAAUGCUGCACCAUAUUUGUAAAAUGUGUGCUUCAAAUAGUUUUAAUAAACGUUUCAAAAAAUGUACCUUCUAA